GACAGUACAAUAUGAUAAUACUUUGACAUAAAGCUUGGCUUGAUGAAUCGUGUAUGUAAUGGUAAAAGUGUAUUUAAUUAAAUAAAAAAGCAGGGCUUUUACAAACUGUGGUGGUAUUACAAAUAAGAUAGCUUUUUAAAUUAUUUGAAAAACUUAAAUUAUCGGCUUCCUACAAAGUUCCUAUAUAUUAUUGUAUGGAAACACGUACAACUAUUAGUAUCAAGUGACCUCGUCGGCUUGAAGGUCUAUCGUGCACUUGUUUAGGUAUGUCGGUUUGGUCAGCCAGUACUGUCGGCAAUAAUUAUCACUGCGGGCAUCCUCCCAGUCGAUAUAGUCAUUCUAACAAUUGGUGUCCAAAUUUUACCAAGAGAAGUGACAGGUAUUUUUAAAAGGGUUGGUAAAAUUGAUUUGCAGUGAACAUUGAAGAAUAAUUCCACUUUAAAGUAAUCAGCACAAGUGCGUGAUGUCGAACGAACCAGCCAUACAGUCAGAUGAUGCCCUUCACACACCAGCUUAUUUAUCAUGGAGGAAAUUGCAGUUGAGUCGCGCAAAACUGAAAGCAUCUAGUAAAACGUCAGCACUAUUAUCUGGAUUUGCAAUGGUUGCCAUGGUAGAAGUACAAUUGAACACACCAACAAAUGUUCCACCUGGUAUGUUGGUAGCAUUCACAGUAUGUACCACAUUGCUGGUUGCUGUGCAUAUGCUGGCACUCAUGAUUAGCACCUGCAUCCUACCAAAUAUCGAAGCCAUCGGGAACCUUCACAGUAUAUCACUUGUACAUGAGUCUCCACAUGAAAGGCUGCAUUGGUAUAUAGAAAUAGCCUGGGCGUUUUCGACCCUCCUUGGCCUUAUCUUAUUCCUAGUAGAAAUAGCGAUACUAUGCUGGGUUAAAUUCUAUGAUCUUAGUCCACCAGCUGCCUGGUCAGCUUGCGUUCUCUUGAUACCCGUAAUGAUUAUAUUUUUAGCGUUUGCAAUACAUUUUUAUAUGUCACUGGCGACACAUAAGUAUGAGGUUGUCACUUCAGGCAUAAAAGAGCUGGAAUUUCUUAAAGAACAAAUAGAGUUGGGCGACCAUGACUCGCGUAUGAAUAAUAUGUCGCUGUUAGAUCAGGCUCGAGUUGUCUGAGUCUGGUUAUGUGUUUUAGUGGGAUUGUUAGUUUUAUUUUAAUAUGGCAAUUUUGAUAAUGUAUUGAAUUUUGAAUUUUUAUAUUGUUAUUAUAGAUGCAGUAUGCAAAAACCUUAGGUACUUAAGUGCUAAUGUAUUGCUGCACAAUAUUGAAACCCAAUUAACUUGGUUUGUCUAGAUUUCCAUUUUUUACCUUUUUACUUCUUCCUUUUUUCGACUUUGACUGAAUCUCUACUUAUUUGUAUGUAAAUUGGUGUAUGGAAGAUUUAUUUCAAGUAUAUAUAAUAUUACAGUUUAAUUUUUAAUUAGGUUUCCGCUCGCGGCUCGUCCGCUUGGACUACAAAAUUACAUACUUCGUAUUCGGUAAAAAGUGGCAGUAUGAAUUUUUUUAAGAACUCCAGAUGCGUAUGGAUCGUCAACUAUUUAUUUUAGCAAAAAACCUAUUUAGAAACCUAAAUUUCAUUUCUAAAGACCCCUCUAGUUAUACCUCGUUCGAUUUUAUAUUCGCAAAUUUAUGUUUAAUCACUCGGUUAGGUUAGGUUAACAUAUGGAUAGCCACCCCUAAAAAUUAUGUUGUUGUAUGAAAGUGAGCCUAUAAGUUAAACCUAGCCCCUGCCCAGUGAUGUUAACGUAAUUGACGCACAUACAAUCAAGAAAAUAUAAAAAAUACAAACCAUUGUUUUGGGGUGUAUAAAAAAUAGAUUUUGCGUAGCAAUCACUUCCUCUAAAAUAAUGUUUAAUAUGAAGAAAUGAUUUACUGUUUUAUUAUAAAUUAUGUAUUGAUAAUAUAUUGACUUAAAUAUUUUAUAUAGUAUUAGAUUCUCAAAAAUAAUACGAAUAAUUAAUUGACUGAUACUAAUCAGUUAAGAAAAUCUAGAAAACUCUAUUUUAUUAAAAUUUUGUAUAUAAACGUACAUUUCAUUAGUGCACGUUUUGAAAUGAACUUGAAAUUUUACCAUCAUUCAUUGAUAAUGAAACUUCCAAAUUAGAUUUAUUUUUUGUGUAUUUAGUUUUAAUUAUUUUUUUAUUAUCAAUUAUUAGAAUUAUAUUGGGCAUUAGUAAAAUGUAAUAUUAUUUGAAAAUAAAUAUUCUACAAAUCAAAUAGGUAAUGCUGCAAGUAUAAUAAAGUGAUUUUUUUAUGACUAGACAGUAGACCUUAUUAUACGAUCAAUUAUAAAAUUCGAAAUACAAAGGUGUAAGUGCAAUACGGAAUAUCAAUAUAGUUCAUACAUAGUACUUAUCGCUAAUACCCUCGUGGAUUUCAGUUUACGUAAUAUUUGAUAAUUUGAUUUUAGAUCAUCCAGUGAAUUUUACAUUAAAAUGGAAUCAGACCUUUUUAAUGUGUCUCGGAAAAGAGGAAAGACAGUUAAUGAAAUUUGUCUUGACCUCUGGUAAGAAAUAAUAACGAAAGUUGAAGUUGAAAUAGUUUCUUCACCCUAAUUGCAGUACUUAAUUUUUAUAUUUAAAUGUAUAUAAAAUAUUUUUUUAAGCGAUUAGCACACUGCCAUGCACCAUUCUGUGUAGAGCGUGAAUACACUCGUAAGACUUUAACGUUGCUUGUUGUGUUGUUGCUUUGUAACGAAUACCUACACACACACACACAGGCUACACUGCAUGGUGCGUGGCAGUGUGUUAAUCAUUUUAAUAUUUAUAAAUGUUGAAAAACAAUUUCAAUAUGGCCAGAAAUGACAAAUCUGAUCAAACUGCUUCAAAGUAAUCUCAAAUAAUUUACGAAAAAAGUUCAAGUUCAAGUUCUGUCUAUUCCUAUCCUACCACACGAGCAGAUAAACUAGCUAAACUAGGUACUUGAAGUAAGAGCAUAGUGAAUUUUUCGGGUGGUCUAUUUAAUUAAACUGAUUAAAAUAAUAAUUAUUCUCCUGGCUUGGUCCAAGAUGUUCAAAUUUACUAGUAUCUUGGCCCAAGCCUGUUGUAUAAUUACCAUAUAACUUCACUUCAGAUAAGUUCAUUUUAUUGUACAAUUAUGGUUCAAAAGGAAUACUUAAGUAAUGUAAUUAUUGAAAUAUGCUGUGAUAGACAAAUGACAGUAAAUCCCUGUCAGUUUAAUAUAAGAUUUUAUUAAAAUUUACAUUGUAUUAAGAAUUUGUAUGAUUGAUAAAACUAAUGAUCUGGUAAAAGUUCCGAAGUAAAUUACAUUUGAUCAAUACAAUA